AUGCUCCGCACGCAGUUCACCAAGACCGCGGCCUUCCGUCCCCUCCGAGCCUUCAGCACCACGGCCCGAGCUAUGUCUGAGGGCGAUACUGGCGCCCCUCCCAAGACUGGCGGCCCUGGCGACGCUUUCCAGCGCCGCGAGCGCGCGUCCGAGGACUACGCUAUCCGUCAGCGCGAGAAGGAGAAGCUCCUGGAGCUCCGCAAGAAGCUCGCCGAGCAACAACAGCACCUCGAGCGCCUCUCCAAGCACAUCGACGAGAUCACCAAGGAGCAGGGUGGCGAGCAGAACUAA